AUCAAAUCAGUGAAAUGAGAGAAAGAAAUUUUUGAUUCAGUUUCAUUUAAUUUUUCUAAUAAUUACAAUAAUAAAUGAGAAAUAAUUCACAUGGCCGUUUAUUCUUUUAAAAUUGAAUUGCGAUCUUUCUAGAUAAAUGAAGUGAAUACGAACACAAGUUUCACUAUCGAAUUUAAUAAUAAUUCGAAAGUACAGUGUUAAAUUGGUAAUAUUUAGUACCUAAAAUCGACACCACGCAAUAUGCCUGCUGCUAGUUUUGGUACAUUAGUAUCAAAUGUCAUAAAAGAUGAUUGUUCCAUUAAAAAUGUUUGGAAUCAUAACUUGCAUGAAGAAUUUCAUGUGAUAAGACAGAUUGUCCAAAAAUACCACUGGGUGGCAAUGGAUACAGAGUUUCCAGGAGUUGUAGCCCGGCCCAUUGGAGAAUUCAGGUCAACUGCUGAUUACCAAUAUCAACUUUUAAGAUGUAAUGUGGAUUUAUUGAGAAUAAUUCAACUGGGGUUGACAUUUAUGGAUGAAAGUGGUAAAACACCCCCUGGUUGUACCACCUGGCAAUUUAAUUUCAAAUUCAACUUGCAGGAAGACAUGUAUGCCCAAGAUUCAAUAGAUUUGUUGCAAAACUCUGGACUGCAAUUUAGGGAACAUGAAGAGCAUGGUAUUGAACCACUGGAAUUUGCCGAACUCUUGAUGUCUUCAGGUAUAGUUCUAAUGGAUAAUAUAAACUGGCUGAGCUUUCAUUCUGGAUAUGAUUUUGGCUACCUGUUGAAAUUGCUUACUGACCAGAACUUACCCCAAGAAGAAAAUGAUUUCUUUGACAGUCUCAGGCUGUAUUUCCCGACAGUUUAUGAUGUAAAAUAUUUAAUGAAGUUGUGCAAGAACCUGAAAGGAGGCCUGCAAGAAGUGGCGGACCAAUUGGAACUACGGCGGGUUGGACCGCAGCACCAGGCCGGCUCCGACUCGCACCUUACUGGGAUGGCAUUCUUCAAAAUUAAAGAAAUAUUUUUUGACGGCAAUAUCGAAAGCACCAGCGGUCAUCUCUAUGGAUUAGGAGCGCCAUUUUCAACUAGUGUAAAUAACUUCCAAGACAACGGCGAGAGUGGGAACUCUUCUUGAUCGGGAGACUCGUGUGUAUCUAGCCUUACGCCACAACCGCGAGGCUUCCCCAUCAACGACUGAUUAUUGUCAAAUAAAAACGUUAUAGUCUAUACAAAUAAUGCAGGUACGAGUAUUAAACAAGCACGUAACGUACCUUCAUUAUAUCUCUGACUUUUCGAACCACAGAUCAUUUAACAUGUUUCAAAACGUUCCGAGAUUUAAUAAAAGUACGUUACGUGCGCGUUAAAAAUAUGUACCUGUAUAAUUUAUAAAUAGUAUAAUGCAACUGUGUGUGAAGAAUGGAGAACUUAUACAUUAUAGUAAUGAGUGGAUUCAUAAGUAUCUUAGAAUGUGUAAUGUUAAAUAACCAAAACAUUUUGUACAAUUUUUAGAAUAUGCUUUUCUCUAGUCGUAGGUAUGGUAUGUGUAAUUUAAACUAUUGCUUAAAAGGCUUUUGAUUUAUAAAUGUGAUCUCAAUAGUCAAAGUAUCUACUAAUACUUAUUGAAUAAAAAACUAAUUUUCAAUUUAUCUUUAAAUAAAGAUUUCAAUUCUUC